CUUUUGCAACGAGGUUAGAAAAGUGUGAGCUCAACAGAGGUCUACCCUACUGUCAGACCCAUUCUAACCAUAGAAAGAUCCAAGAACUCAUCACCACCUGAACCAUUAUUCACUUGAUCAUGACUCCCCUAAUGUCAUCUGGACAGAUCAAUUUCCUUCUCAGUAGUUAAAAGGAAUUUAUUAUACACAAGUUAUCAGCCCAAGGCUACAUUUGAAGAGCUUUGACUUCUUUUCACACAUCAAGAUGUUCCCUCCAGACGUGUGGAAUUCUACGGACCUGAUGUGGUUCAAUGCGUCUGAGUUGAAUGCUUCUCUGGAGGAUCCGGAGGAGGGGAACCACCCGUUUCUGACGGACGCCUGGCUGGUGCCUCUCUUCUUCGCCCUCAUCAUGCUGGUGGGGCUCAUUGGGAACUCGCUGGUCAUCUAUGUCAUCUCCAAACACAGGCAGAUGAGGACGGCCACCAACUUCUACAUAGCUAACCUGGCUGCCACAGACAUCAUCUUCCUGGUGUGUUGUGUCCCGUUCACAGCCACUCUCUACCCGCUCCCUGGAUGGAUAUUUGGGAACUUCAUGUGUAAAUUUGUUGCUUUUCUACAACAGGUGACUGUUCAGGCUACAUGCAUCACCCUCACUGCCAUUAGUGGGGAUCGCUGCUAUGUCACAGUGUACCCUUUAAAGUCCCUACGCCAUCGCACUCCACGAGUCGCCAUGAUCGUUAGCAUCUGUAUAUGGAUCGGUUCCUUCAUUCUAUCCACCCCGAUCUUCAUGUACCAGAGGAUUGAGGAGGGCUACUGGUAUGGACCGAGACACUACUGCAUGGAGAGGUUUCCCUCUAAGACCCAGGAGAGGGCUUUCAUCCUGUACCAGUUCAUAGCUGCCUACCUACUACCUGUCAUCACCAUCUCCUUCUGCUACACACUCAUGUUGAAGAGGGUGGGCCAGCCGUCAGUUGAGCCAGUAGACAAUAAUUACCAGGUCCACCUGUUGUCUGAGAGGACUGUCACUCUGAGGAGUAAGAUCUCCAAGAUGGUGGUGGUGAUUGUCCUCUUAUUCACCAUCUGCUGGGGGCCUAUCCAACUCUUCGCCCUGUUCCAGUCCUUCUACCCCAACUACAGGGUCAACUACGCCACCUAUAAGAUCAAGACAUGGGCUAACUGCAUGUCCUACGCUAACUCCUCCAUCAACCCAAUCAUUUAUGGCUUCAUGGGAGACAGUUUCCGCAAGUCCUUCAAAAAGACUUUCCACUUCCUGUUCAAACACAAAGUGAGAGACAGCAGUGUCACGUCACGCACGGCUAAUGCAGAAAUCAAGUUAGUUGCUGCAGAGGAAGGCAACAACGAAGGGAAAUGAAAAGAGCCAUGGGCUGAGUGAGCUGCUGGGGGGCAAAGCUGUUGGGGAUUCAGUUCACAUUGGCACACAAACAGAAAAACACAUGAUAGACUGCUGCGAAUGCACACUUUUCAGAAGGCAAUGACCCCCUACUGGGAGCAGCAUUUUAAAAUGGCAUUUGAUGUGUUGUUUGUUUGCAAUUCUACAAAAGAUGACUGAUCCUGCUCUGUUCUGAUAUCACAGACAAUGAAAGGACAUAAAAAAUAAUAUAUAAUGUUCACCACCUAGGCAGAAUGCUCAGAAUAAUAUGAAAAUAAUACAAUUAAAACAAAAAAAGUUAUUGGAAGUCACAUACAUGACGUGAAAUCUAAUAGACACAAUGGUUACAAGAGCAGUCCAAGGUUUGUGGACAUUUUGUUAUCAGAUGUACAUAGGUUGUUAACACGUCGUUAUCAUUAACUCAUCUCAAAGCUGUGAAGUGAUUGCACCCGAUUUAUAUUUUUCAAUGGAGAGAUUUAUGAUGGUAGCUAGGGAUUUCACAUGAAUGGCGUUACAAACCACUCAGGAGUUAAAUUGCAGGCCAGUUCAAUGGGUGUACAGCCAACGGUGAUGUGUCGGUGCUUGCUCAGGUAGGGGCAUAGUCAAUGAGGCGUGGUGAGUGUUUACUUUACUACUGUGUUCCAGACACACACUUACACCUCCCUUUACACACAGUGCACAGGUGGCGGGGGCCGACCCUAUCAUACUUUCACUUGCCAAGACUUACAUUCCCACAGCAUUAUCUUAUGCGACUUAUAGUCACCCGAUCGUUUCCUUUUCCUUUGACAGCGACGCUGUAAAAAAGGACACAAUCUGUGACUGACUUGUCCUAACAGUGCCUCCUCCCAAUGUGCCGUGACUGUCUGUCCUUGUUUGAAUUGCGGAUCGAAACAUCUGUACUGUUGGAAGUAUCUGUGUUCUAUCUGGCACUAUUUUAGCGUUGAGUUGAAAAGUUGACUUGAAAAAAGAAGAAAGUGUUUAGAAAGGUGGGAAGAUAAACAGAACUAAAGCCCUUGGAAACAACGGAAAACUUUGAACAGAUUUAGAUUGAAUUCUGUACAGAAUGUUUUACUGCAUACACACUGGAAUGCAGUUUAGUCCAUGUUUGAUUGUACCGCUCCCUGUGAAAAUAUGUAUUGUCUUCAGGCAUUUCAGAUGUCUGUAGAUUUUGUGUUGGUAAUCACUCUACUUAUUAAGUGUUUUCGAAAAGCCUUUAUUAUAGACUUUCCCUACAGUAUUUGCACUAUCUUUAUUUAUUAUUAAUAUAUUGCUCUUACCCUAAGCUCUUUGAAUCAUGUAACAUUCCCUGUAUUGUAAAUGCCUAUCUACUGUAGGCAGACAUGAGUAUGUACAGUACUGUGGAUUUAACCGCUGUGUUUGAUUAUACAUUUACUUUUAAGCUUUUUUUGUGUGUAACCAGAAAUGUGAAAAGUACAUAUCAUUGCCUUUGUUACUAACACAGAAUUGUAAAUUGUUAUACUUCUUUUUUUAUUAGAAAUUUUGCAGGAUAAAAUCUCUUGAUGCACCAUCUCCUUUUUAAGAGU